UCCAAACACACCAAAACGAAAAGCACAAAAGAAAAGAAAAGAAAAAACAUGCAAUUGCUUUCCAUCAAUUCCCCCACCUCCUCGUGAUGUGAUGACUUGCUACCCAAACACCGCCAAAUUUAAGUGUAAAAAGUUGUGAUUUAAUGGGCAGUGGAGCGUUCAAUGCGUAGAAACUGGUGUUUCCGGGAGUUUGCAAUUGCGUGGAAUAGCAGAAAUGAGGGGAAGAAAUGGUCUUAAACAACUUGUUUUACAAAUGAAAUGGCCGCCUUUUUUUCUACGCCUUUCUCUUUCCUGAUUCCAUUCCGCGUCUUGUUGUUUGACUGUGUAGCUAAUGUCAGCUGGUACUGUUCAUAAAAUUUAGCACUACCCAAUGAAGAAAUCUUGCAGGGAGGAAGGAGAAGGGGAAGGAAAAAUGGAAGACUGUUCUGCAGCAAUGGAGAGGAUUUAUGUGACUGUUCGAUUGAGGCCCCUCUGUGGAUUGGACAAGGAGGAGGAAGAAGAAGCAGAUUUGACAACUUCUGACUGGGAAUGCAUUAAUGAGAACACCAUCAUUUUCAAGCAGACCAUUCCUGAGCGUUCUAUGUAUCCUACUGCUUAUUCAUUUGAUAGAGUAUUUGGAUGUGAAGCUUCCACGGCUGAGGUAUACAAGGGAGGGAUAAAGGAAGUGGCUCUCUCAGCUCUUAGUGGUCUCAACGCUACAAUAUUUGCAUAUGGGCAAACAGGCAGCGGGAAGACAUAUACUAUGGAGGGUAUUACAGAUCUUGCUGUCGAGGAUAUUUACAGCUACUUUGAGAGGCACUUGGAACGAGUGUUUGUACUGAAAUUGUCAGCAAUGGAAAUAUAUAAUGAAGUAGUGAAGGAUCUUCUUUCUUCAGAGGGCAGCCCUCUUCGGCUUCUGGAUGAUCCAGAGAGAGGAACAGUUGUGGAGAAAUUGGUGGAAGAAAGAGUGCGGGAUAAAGGCCACCUUCAAAAGCUUCUGAAUUUAUGUCAAGCUAACAGACAAGUUGGGGAGACUCUGUUGAAUGAAGCGAGCUCUAGAUCCCAUGAAAUUAUAAAACUGACAAUUGAAAGCUGUGUUCGUGAGGAUUCAGAGCUAGAGUCAGACACCAUUUCUAGUCCUAGCUGUCUAGUUGCAAGCUUGAAUUUUGUAGAUCUUGCAGGGAGUGAGCGUGCGUCUCAAGCUUUUUCAGCAGGAACUAGAUUAAAGGAAGGUUGUCAUAUUAAUCGAAGUUUGCUUACUCUGGGUACUGUCAUUCGGAAGCUGAGUGGAAGCAACAAGAUGAAGAAUGGGCACAUUCCAUACAGAGAUUCAAAACUCACUCGAAUUCUUCAACAUGCAUUGGGAGGCAAUGCGAAGACUGCAAUCAUCUGUACAAUGAGUCCUGCAAGGCGCUAUGUUGAACAAUCACGCAAUACACUAUUCUUUGCUAGUUGUGCAAAGGAAGUUGCAACUAGUGCACAUGUCAAUGUAGUUGUAUCAGACAAGGCAUUAGUAAAAAAAUUGCAGAAAGAAGUGGCAAGGCUUGAGGAUGAAUUACAAUUGUCUGGUCGCUCUAAUACUUUUCAAGCUGCCCAGGCUUUAAUAGCGGAAAAAGACCUUCAGAUACGAAAGAUGCAACAAGAGAUCAAGGAGUUGAUUCAACAGAGAAAUUCUGCACAAAGGCAAGUUGAGGACCUUCUACAGAGGAUUGGAAGUAACCAACCUAUAGAUAGACGGGACUCCGUUACCGUGAUUAACUCACCUGGUCAGAGAGUGUAUUCUAAUGGAGAAGAUAAAUGUCCAGCAUCGGAACCAUCUGGAAUCGGUCAUAAUUUAAUUUCCAAUGAAUUGCAUUUUCCUUUGCAACAAGAUUACUGCAACGGAGAAGAAAAGCAGGUAAGCAGUGAGACCCAUUAUUGGAAAAGGCCAGAAAAGAUUGAGAAAUGUCCAGCAUCGGAACCAUCUGGAAUUGGUCAUAAUUUGAUUUCCGAUGAAUUGCAUUUUCCUUUGCAACAAGAUUACUGCAACGGAGAAGAAAAGCAGGUAAGCAGUGAAACCCAUUACUGGAAAAGGCCAGAAAAGAUUGAGAAAUGUCCAGCAUCGGAACCAUCUGGAAUUGGUCAUAAUUUGAUUUCCAAUGAAUUGCAUUUUCCUUUGCAACAAGAUUACUGUAACGGAGAAGAAAAUCAGGCAAGCAGUGAGACCCAUUAUUGGAAUAAGACCGAAAAGAUUGAGCAGGAUGCUUUUCUGGGGUCAGAAGAAUUUCAACAAUCUUCUGCCUCUACACCUAAGACACGGUCAAGUAAGGAAUCUACAUUGAAUCCUCUAACACUGGUCCAUGAAAUCAGGAAGUUAGAGUAUUUGCAAGAAGAACUUGGGAAGGAUGCCAGUAAAGCUUUGGAGGCUCUUCAAAAAGAAGUACAGUCCCUUCAUCUAGCACAGUCUGGGACAAACAAGGAUGCUGCAUCUGCCAUGACAGAGUUAAGAGGGGAAAUUGGAGCCUUGCAAUCCAAAGAAGAAAAUUCUAAAUCACAAGACCAAAUCUCAUUGAGAAGCAUAGAUACGACACUUGGGGAAGAGAUUUCAAUACAUAAUGGCUCGGAAGAUAUCAGCAAAUGUACUGAUAUAGAUAGAACAAUUGCUGCAUUGGAACAACAGCUUCAGAAUGUGCAAGAUUCCUUUGAAAAUCUUGUCCUUCCUAUUCCCUAUGAAGCCCUUGUGUCUCCUUUAAGCAGAACUCCGUCAUUUAUGAAUAAAGCUUCCCAGCUAACAAGAAGCAGGAGUUGUAGAGCCGAAAUCAUGUCCGCCAAUCUGUCAUCCCCCUGUUUAUGGGUUAUAGAUGAUGAGAAUACUCCUCCAUGUGCAUCUGAACAUUUUUCAGAAAGAUAUGGAAUCUCAAGGAAGAGACUUUUUUAUGAAAUUGGAGAGAAAAAAACCAAUUUGUCUAUGAGAGAUGGCUCUAUAGUAAACAGAACAGACUCUUUUGUUGACAUUAAACAAGUCCAUAAUAUGCUCAAGGCUACUGCUCAAGAGAACAUCAGUGGUAUUCGCUCUUAUGUGACUGAACUCAAAGAGAGGGUGGCCAAGCUUCAAUACCAAAAGCAACUUCUUGUCUGCCAGGUGACAGAACUUGAGACAAAUGGACAUGUUCAGGAUGAUCAGAAUGUAAAUCAUACAACCUUCAAUGACUCACCGAGACCUGUAAAAUCACCUUCCUGCUGGGCAUUAGAAUUUGAUAAACAGAGACUACAGAUAAUUGAACUAUGGGAUGCAUGUUGUGCCUCCAUAAUUCAUAGAACUCAUUUCUUCCUAUUAUUCAAAGGAGACCCUGCAGAUGCCAUAUAUCUGGAUGUAGAAUUCAGGAGAUUAUCAUUUCUUAGAAAGAAUUUCUCUCAGAGGACUUUGAAUAACUCUAAUCUUGAAGUUGAUGAUACUACUACUUUGGCCUCCAACAUUAAAGCUCUCAGGCGUGAAAGAAAUAUGUUGGCUAGGCAAAUGCAGAGAAAUUUAACUGUUAGUGAGAGACAAACGUUAUUCAAAAAAUGGGGUAUUGCCCUCGAUACAAAGCAGAGGAAGUUGCAGUUGGCUCAGAAGGUAUGGACAGAUAUUCAAGAUAUGGACCAUAUCCAGAAUAGUGCAAAUCUAGUUGCCAAGCUUGUGGGAUGUUGGAAACCAGGGCAAGUUUCAAAAGAGAUGUUUGAGCUUAACUUUACACCCCAGAAGAACAAUCAGAGGAUUUGGCCCUCUGGUCGAAACCCCAUAUCAAGUAUUUUGAGCUUUUAAAAUGUUUGCUGAGCUUUUGUAUUGUGAAUAAACCUUGCUCUUGUUCCUGCCACUUUGUUUUAUUUAUCUACAGAGACCGCAUAUUUUUUAUUCUACAUCCACAUUGACAAUCAUGUUGAACCGACACAAUCAUUUGGUGAUGCUACAUGCUUUUGAUGGCCAUAGGAAAGACUAGCUGCGAGAAGUUCACUCUGUAACAAGCAGAAAGUUGCAUGUCUCUUGAUAAUGGUUCCCGUUAUGAGUCACAGCUUUCUGCAAAUACUGAAAAGGAAUAUAUUUUCUUUUCAUUUGUCAUCUUUGAGCUUUCUUCAACCUUAUUCUUUUUCUCUCAGAAGGUGUACAGUGUCCUCUUAACCAGCUUAUCAAUUAUUGAAAAUGGGAGGUGCAAGUUAUAGUUAUCCAGACUGAUGAUUUAUUUUAAAUGAUGAUUGUUGAAAUCCACAAAUUGCCAUUGUAUAAAAUACUGCUGAAAAAAUCAUUCAAGUAGAUAAUUGUUUCAAACGCCAUGCAAACAUAUCCUAACUAUCAAUCAGAUUCCCCAAAUCAUGGUUCGACAGAACAAGUUCUGUGGCGUUUGUAACAGAGGUUAAAAAGCUGGGUAAAGUACAUGGUCAGUUGAUAAACACAAUUAUCAUUUAGUGCAAUGGUUUUUAUAUCAUAUGAAAUGCUGGAAGGCAUCUUUGUAUCAUAAGUUGUAUUUGAUAAUCAUAGAAAUGAAUAAAUGUGAACAUUGCCCAUUGCUGUUGA